AAUGGCCGAGGACGGGAGGGUUCGAAUCGAGAAGUUCAACGGUACUGAUUUUGCAUGGUGGAAAAUGCAAAUAGAGGCGUUGCUUGGUGAGUGCGAUUUGGACAUGGUACUGGAAGAGAAACCGGAUGGAAUGGAUAAGGCUGCUGAAGCAAUUUGGGACUCAAAGGACAAAAAGGCAAGAGGUAAAAUUACACUAGCUUUGACGAGGAGUGUGGCGUUUAAUAUCAUGAAGGAAACANUCGAUCUUGUCGAGGUUGUCAUCAGUAGGCAUGAAGUUCGAUGAUGACACUCAGGCUGUGAUUCUGUUAUCUUCCUUGCCUGAUAGUUGGUCGGGAUUUGUGACAACGGUUACUGAAACUGCUGGAACAGGAAACUUGAAGUUUGAUCGGAUACGGGAUAGUGUUUUGGGUGAAGACAUUCGUCGGAGGAACGCUAGUGGAGGAUCUACUUCUGGGUUACUCAGUGUUAGCAGGGGAAGAGGUAAUAACAGAAACAGUGGGAGUCGUGGGAAGAGCUCGUCUAAGGCUGAAAAGAAUGUGGUGUGCUGGGUCAUGGAUUCUGGUGCUUCGUUUCACGCCAUGCACAGCGGUGAGGCGAUGGUGAAUCUCAAAAAGGGAGACUUUGGAAAGGUAAAGUUGGGUAACGGGAAAAUCCUUAAAGUGUCAGGCAUGGGAGAUAUUGAUCUAAAAACUUCAUUUGGAACUACUUGGAGCUUACAAAAUGUCAGGGUGAUUCCAAGACUGAAGACAAAGUUGAUCUCAGUCAGACAAUUGGAUGAACAUGGACUAGACGUCAAGUUUGGUGGUGGAAAAUGGAAGGUGAUCAAAGGAAAUUUGGUUAUUGCUCGAGGCUUGAAAAGAGGAUCGUUAUACAUGGUACCGGUGACGUCUGAGGGAGUGACCAACCCGGUAAAGAUAGUUAACAAAGUCGGGCUCACUGAAUCGGGCAAAGCUAAGAAGGUUCAUUUUGCAAACGUGAAUCUUGGAGUUUUGGGGAUGAGAGUUGAGUGUGUUCGGAGGUCUGAAUCAGGUCAGGGGUUUCGUGAUAGUGGGAGCAUGGGACGUGUUCCGAGUACAGUUCUGAAACGUCGUUGGGUUUUGAGAACCAAGAAUCCGAACGUUAAAAUCUCUCCUGGGAAUAGUUUGCUGGAUUUGGAGAGUGGUAAUGGUCCUCGGUGUAUCUCUGGAUCCGGUGGAUUGUGCAAGCCGGUUGAGACAGAGGCUGUGGCGGAUACAGUCACGACUGGGUUGGAGCUCAGUGGAGCUUCAAUUGUCCUUUCAGCUGAAACACAGAGAGCAUGCAGUGAGAGUGAGAAAGGGGAGUCCUCUGCUUCACUUUUACAGAGGGACAGCCACAGCAGCUAGAGUAGCUUCAAAGUCUUUAAAGGUGAGAAAUCUAACUUUAUAAAAAUAUUUUUCAAACUUUCAAUAAUAUCUUUUCGAAUCU